AUGCGUGUGCGCACCCCAUGGAUAGAAGCCUUGCGCCAACAGCAGUCAGAGGGGAAACAACCUACGGAGCCCUCAGGAAAGCCCGAAGUACCCAAAGAUCGCAAGCUAACAGGGAAACGUAUGAGCGAGAGCUACCAUUCGGUUGUACUCCCGCUGGCUCAGGACCCAUGGAUCCUCGACACGUAUCUUAACGCCUCAGGGCAUAUACGGCUCGGAACCAUCUUCAUGGAUCUCGAUGCUCUCUCUGGCAUCAUUGCGUACAAGCAUACCGGAGACGACGUGACUACUGUUACGGCUAGCUGCGACCGCAUUACCAUUCACUCCCCACUGACCGAGAUAUGCGAUCUAGAACUAUCUGGCCGCGUGACCUAUGCGACUGGCAGAAGCAGUCUGGAGAUCACGAUGCAGGUAGCGAAAGCACCUAAGAAAGGCGAGCAGGCCAAAGACGAGGACGUUUUGAUCAACUGCACCUUCACCAUGGUCUCCUUAGAUCCGCGCACCAAGAAGCCCGUAAACGUCAAUCCUCUAAUCGUCGAGACGCCUGAAGAGAAACGCCUGUAUGCUCUAGGUGAGCGUAACUCGAAAGUGCGAAAGGAGCGCCGGGAUACCUCUUUGCUCAAGCACACGCCGAAUGACCUCGAAAGCGACCUCAUACACGCCUUCUGGCAAAAGCAGUUGCAGUAUCAUGACCCCUACGAUGACCUACGCAAACCCGAUAACGUUGUCUUUAUGGAUGCGACGCGUCUCCAGACCGCCACAAUCAUGCAACCGCAAUACCGCAAUCGCCAUCACUUCAUGAUCUUCGGUGGUUUCCUCCUCAAGCAGACCUUCGAACUCGCUUUCACCGCCGCCGCAGCCUUCGCACACGCGCGCCCGACCUUUGUCUCCCUCGACCCUUCCACGUUCCAGAACCCGGUGCCCGUCGGUAGCAUACUGUACCUCACGGCUACGGUCGUAUACACGGACCCACCGCUAAUCGGCGCACCCGACGAAAAGGUCGACGAUCAAGCCGAAUAUACACGAGUGCAAAUUAGGAUUGACUCAAAGGUGCGAGAUGUGGAGCAUGGCCACAGCAAGCCGACAGGGCAGUUCAACUACACGUUCACGGUACCGAAGAACAUUAGGGUCAUGCCAAGGACCUACCAGGAGUUCAUGAUGUAUAUUGAUGCAAGGAGGCGAGCUGAGCAGGUCAAGCGGACACUGGAGGAAGGAUACGGUGUCAGCCCGAAGACGGCAGAGGAUAGUCUGACAGAGUGA